AUGGAAGCUAACUCAGCUUCUUCUUCUUCACACUACUGGUUUUCUCUAUGCAUUUCAAUGGUGUUUCUGAGUCUUAAUUUGACUCAGUGCAAUGUUACUUACGAUAGGAAGGCUCUUCUCAUUGAUGGGAAGAGUAGAAUUCUCUUUUCUGGUUCCAUACAUUAUCCUAGAAGCACCCCUGAGAUGUGGGAAAGUCUUAUACUCAAAGCUAAAGAUGGUGGCUUGGAUGUUAUUGAUACUUAUGUCUUUUGGAACCUCCAUGAACCUUCUCCUGGCAAUUAUAAUUUUGAAGGGAGAUAUGAUUUGGUUCAGUUCAUCAAAUUGGUCAAAAAAGCUGGUCUUUAUGUUCAUCUUCGCAUUGGGCCUUAUGUUUGUGGAGAAUGGAACUUUGGAGGAUUUCCUGUUUGGUUGAAAUAUUUUCCCGGAAUUAGCUUCAGAACAGAUAAUGAGCCUUUCAAGCAAGAAAUGCAAAAAUUCACCCAGAAAAUUGUCCAAAUGAUGAAGGAUGAAAGCUUGUUUCAGUCUCAAGGUGGCCCUAUCAUCCUCUCUCAGAUUGAAAAUGAAUAUGAACCUGAAAGCAAGUCAUUUGGACCAGCUGGUCAAGCUUAUGUAAAAUGGGCAGCAAAAAUGGCAGUCGGGCUGAACACUGGGGUUCCGUGGGUUAUGUGCAAGGAAUAUGAUGCUCCUGAUCCUGUGAUAAACACAUGCAAUGGUUAUUAUUGUGAUUAUUUCUCUCCAAACAAACCUUACAAGCCCACAUUAUGGACCGAGGCAUGGACUGGCUGGUUUUCAGAAUUUGGUGGCCCCAAUUACCAAAGACCAGUUGAGGAUUUAGCCUUUGCAGUUGCCAGAUUCAUUCAAAAGGGUGGCUCCUUUGUCAAUUACUACAUGUACCAUGGAGGUACCAACUUUGGAAGAACUGCUGGGGGACCUUUAAUUACCACCAGCUAUGACUAUGAUGCUCCGAUUGAUGAAUACGGCUUGAUUAGGCAACCGAAGUAUGAUCAUCUGAAGGAACUCCAUAAGGCUAUAAAGUUGUGCGAAAAAUCUCUGCUUACUUCCGAUCCGAACAUCGUCGCUUUAGGAAGCUAUGAACAGGCACAUGUUUUCUCGUCCAAGUCAGGCGGCUGUGCCGCAUUUCUCUCCAACUACAAUUUGAAGUCGGAUGCAAGGGUGACUUUCAAUAAUAUGCACUAUGACCUUCCCCGUUGGUCCAUUAGCAUCCUCCCAGAUUGCCGUAAUGUUGUUUUCAACACUGCUGAAGUUGGAAUUGAAGCAUCUCGAGCACAAAUGGUUCCGACGAAUGUGAAGCUGGAAUCCUGGGAGACAUUCAAUGAAGAUGUACAUUCGGUCGAGGACGAAUCACCGAUGACUGUCAGGGGUCUCUUGGAACAGUUAAACAUGACUAGAGAUACCAGUGAUUAUCUAUGGUACACAACCAGUGUACAAAUAAGUUCGUCCGAAUCAUUUCUUCGUAACGACACGCCCCUCACCCUCAGUGUGCAAUCAGCAGGGCAUGGCAUUCAUGUUUUCAUCGAUGGACAGCUUUCAGGAUCGGCCUUCGGAACUCGGCAAAAGCGAAGGUUUUCUUUUACAGUAAAUAUCAACCUGCACACUGGAGAGAAUACAAUCUCGAUUCUCAGUAUAGCAGUCGGAUUGCAGAAUAUUGGUACACAUUUUGAGACAUGGAACAUAGGAGUCCUAGGACCAGUUGUUCUACAAGGACUAGAUGAAGGAAAAAAGGACUUAACCUGGCAGAAAUGGUCAUACAAAGUUGGCCUUAAAGGAGAAGCCAGCAAUCUAGGUUCUCCGACCUCUAUCCGAUCAACCGAUUGGAUUCGAGGAUCAUUGGAGGCUCUGAAACAACAUCCAUUAACAUGGUACAAGGCAUUUUUCAAUGCUCCGGAAGGAGACGACCCCUUAGCUUUGGACAUGUCUAGCAUGGGAAAAGGCCAAAUAUGGAUAAACGGACAGAGCAUAGGCCGGUACUGGACUACUCCUGCUAACGGUAAUUGUAGCGGAUGCAGCUACGUCGGCGCGUUUCGUCAAACCAAAUGCCAUUUCGGUUGUGGCAGUCCAACUCAACAAUGGUACCAUGUUCCGAGGUCCUGGUUGAAAUCAACCCAGAAUUUAUUGGUGGUUUUCGAAGAAAUCGGGGGAGAUGCAUCGAAGAUGUCGCUAGUAAAACGAUUGGUGACAAAUAAAGGAAUAUAACUGUACUCGAUUGGAAAAAGAUAAAUAUUUGAA